UGUAUCCUUAACAUUUAUAUGACUGUGUGUGCAAUUACUGAUGCUUUUUUUAUUCUAAUUAAUGUCCUUCUGCCAUUUGUAAUUUUAAGGUAUCAUUUUUAAUUCAUGCUGGAAUUACAUUUGAUUUUUAACCAAUGUUAAUCAAGUUGAAUUUGUUCUUUCUAUUUGUUGACGUCUCGUAUUUCUUGUCUGUAUAGAUGAUGUUUAAUGACAGGUGUAAUACGUCUGUGUCUUCUAUAUGUCCAGCAAACACACAAUCUACGGAUCUACAAAAUGGAUUCAAUCUAUGAAAAUACUGAUUACAUGCCUUCGAUGACAGCUGUAGAUAUCGGAUGCUCUCUGUACAGUGGUUUUUCUUUUCAAAAACAAGAACAAGAGCGAGGAGUCGCAUCUGUUAAACGGACUAAAGUUCUUCUGACUCUUCUCGGUUUCUCUCUUGUUUUUGCACUCGGGGGUGUCUGUGCUCUCGGGGUGCUUUUGGCAAGAGCUCGACAGGAACUGAAAAACAAUUACACCACGGUUCCCUCCCUUCGUGUCGAUGAGGGUCAUCUCUGCUUGGAGGGCUGGAUAGCUUGUCGAGGAAAGCUGUAUUUAUUCAGCUCUGAUGAACUGAACUGGUCAAGCAGUCGAGAUAUCUGCGUUUCUAAAGGAGGCGAUCUGGUCAUCGUAACCAACCAAACAGAACAGGAUUUUCUGUUCUCUAAAAUUAAAGAGACACACUGGAUUGGUCUGAAUGAUCUGGAGAUUGAAGGACGCUGGGUUUGGGUGAAUAACCAAACUCUUGAAGAAACUGGAGUACAGUUCUGGUUCAGAGACGGGCCGAGAGAACCUGAUAACUGGAGAAAACAGGAUCCAUCGGGAGAGAACUGCGCUAGUCUGGGAGAUUCAAACGGCAACCUCCAAUAUUGGUUCGAUUCUUCAUGUAAAAAAAAGAAAAGGUUUAUUUGUGAAAGGAAAAAUGUAUUCACCUCCAUCAAAGGUUCUAAUUAAUAAGAUCCAUACUGAACAUAUGCACAUGCACAGAAAACUAGAGGGAGGGCUCUUUUAGAUGUUUUUGUCGUAAAAAUGCUAUAAUUUUCCUCUGAUGAAAUUAACUGCUAGGUAUUUUUGAAUGUGUCCUGUUUAAAGUUUAAUCUAAAAGCUGUAAAGCGUACUAUACUUGCUAAUAUAAAAGCUUUUUGUUCUAGCAGUCAGUUUUAUUUAUGUGCUUUAGCAUCACAUACGAAACUGCUGUGGUCUGCAGACGUGUCUAAAAUAAUCAAAGGGAUAGUUCAUCAACCACAGCUUCACUCACAGCCUUUCGUUCUAUUAAUUUUUUCAUGCAAAGAUUGACACACAAAGACGUGUUGGUUGUUUAAGCAGAACAAACUCAUACAGGGAGAUCAGUCAAUGACCUUUAUGAAGCGGCUUUGAGCCUAUGUAAAUGAACAUGUUUUCAAGCAUUUAAGGUAUAACGCGUAGUCACUUAUGACACAGCUUUACACAAAUGUUACAGGUGCAGUGUGUAGAAUUACUGGCUAUAGCAUUACUUUUCAGAGAAACAGCUAUGUAAACAUAACAUGUUUUGUAAAUAUCUAAUACAUAUUAUUUGUGGCUACAGAAGAGUCAGCACCUUCAAAGAAGUCAUAUAACGUUGCUAAAAAGACCUCUAUUUUGUGCAUUUGCUCUAAUCUAAUGUGUUUAUGCAGCCUUCCUGAAACGGGUCAAUUUGUACAAAGCUUAUCGUUCUAAAAAAGCAAGGCGUGCUCUAAUUUACCUGCUAUCCGGUGCGUUGUGAUUGGCCGAGCACGUGAUGCCGUGUCACUCGUCUCCGGAGCAAAGAUACAAAAACAAUAAAAUCCAUUUCAA